CGCGGAGAGAGAGAGGACACCGACAGACCAGACAGAGCUUACUCUGCCAAUCACAGGCGACAGCUGAUUAUGAGGGGGCGGAGCUCUGAAGGAUGGACCUGCUGCUGUACGGGAACAGAGGAGGGACAAACAAACACAUACAGGAGAGAAAGAGAGCAACAAACUGACAAUAACAACAGUAUUGGACAUUAUACUGGACACGACGCUGCCGUCGUUUGCUGGGAAGGAACUGGACAGAACGGGCCAUGGACCCACGGUUGAUAGUUUUAUCUGGAUUAUCGUAUUUUCAUCGAAACUCAAUUGUGAUUAAUCGCACAGCCCUACGUCAAGCACAGGAGCGAAUGCGCUGAGGAAAUCUCCCUUCAUGGAUUCGUGCAGAGUAACGGGGAGGAGAGAAGCGUCUGCGCUCCAGUGUGAACCGCGGGACAACUCUGAGCCUCGUGUUCAGCCUCACAUUGAAGACGCGCCACGCUCAUAGAAACGGCAGAUAUGGCAGCGUGAUGCGGGAAUCGGUCGUCAACGUGAUGCAAAUCAUGCUCACAUCUGCUCUGAAGCUCUCCGAAUCCUCUCACACAAUGAUGAGGAAGCUCAGGUGAAACGGACACAGCUCCUGUAAUCACAGAUUUACAGUAAGAGUCCUUCAUCGACACAAUGAUCUAUGAUCGUCCUGUUCUUCUGAGGGAGACCGAUGCUGUUCGACCUUAAAGCUUCUCAGACUGCGGGAGCGCGGACAGGGAGAUGAGUGCAGCGAAGACUCAUGACUCCAGCAUGAGGAAGCCUGACCUUCAUCCCUCCUCACACACACAGCGCAAGAAUGUCCUGCAGUUGAGACUCCAGCAGAGGAGGACACGCGAGCAGCUCGCUGACCAGGGCAUCAUGCCUCCCUUGAAGAGUCCGGCUGCGUUCCACGAACAGAGGAAAAGUCUGGAGCGAUCCAAGACUGGAGAUUACUUAAAACACAAAAUCAGGAGUAGACCAGAGAAGUCCGAGCUCGUCAACAUGCAUAUUCUACAAGAGCCGGCCGGCGAAAGCCUCGCACAAGACUCGCAGAACAAACUCAAGAGAGCCCGGCUCGCCGACGACCUGAACGAGAAGAUCGCUCUCAGACCCGGCCCGCUGGAGCUGGUGGAGAAGAACAUCAUUCCUGUCCAUUCCACGGUUAAAGAGGCGGCGAUGAAAGUGAACCAUGGGAAGCUCCCGAGGCAGGAGGACUCGUAUGCGUUCGAGGAGGACAGCGGCAGCGAGAGUCUGUCUCCGGAUCGCAGUGAAGAGUCGCUCACGGAGAACAAGAGCAGCGGCUCGACCUCUCCGACCCUCACCGGCACUGAUCACGGCUCUCAGAGUAAAGACGGCGGCGCUCAAAACCAAGAGGAGAACAUGACAAACGGCCAGGAAACUCCACCGAUUCCAGUUCCUGCCUUAGUCAAGCAGUCCAAAGUGUCUGAGAAGAACCGCCACAAGAAACCCAAAGAUAUCAAGCCGAAAGUGAAGAAGCUGAAGUACCACCAGUACAUCCCGCCGGACCAGAAGGCCGAGCGAUCUCCUCCGCCGCAGAUGGACUCUGCGUAUGCGCGUCUGCUGCAGCAACAGCAGCUCUUCCUGCAGCUGCAGAUCCUCAGCCAGCAGAAGCAUCAGCAGCACUCGCAUGCGCAGACGCAGCCGCAGACGCAGCCGAGCUUCAGCUACCAGACGCUCAGCCAGCACAAGCCGUCCGGUGAGCAGACAGCAUCAUGCAGCAGCAGCUCGUCGUCUCCAGUGAAGAGCAGCUACUGCAGCCCGUCCUCCAUCAGCCCCGUCCGACCCGCUCCGCUGCCCGCCAACCUGGACGACCUGAAGGUGUCUGAGCUGCGGCAGCAACUGCGGAUCCGCGGCCUGCCCGUGUCGGGCACCAAGACGGCGCUCAUCGAACGACUGCGGCCCUUUAAAGACUCCAGCUGCGCUUCUCCGUCCGGCUCCGGAGACGUCAGCACCGCCACGUUCCCCGUGACGCCCACCGGAUCGCUGUCGUCCUAUCAGUCCCCGGCGUCUCACGGGGCCGGCUUCUACCCCUUCUGCAGCAGCGGCUCCACGCCGCCCAUCUCGCCGGCCUCGUCCGACCUCUCCGUCAGCGGCUCUCUGCCCGACAGCUUCAGUGACGUCACCAUGUCGUCUCCGCAGUUCGGCCUGCAGCCCUCGCCGGACGACGGUCUGGGACUCGACGCGGAGAAGGACAAGAUGCUGGUGGAGAAGCAGAAGGUGAUCGAGGAGCUGACGUGGAAGCUGCACCAGGAGCAGAGGCAGGUGGAGGAGCUGCGCAUGCAGCUGCACAAGAGGAAGCGCGACUGUCCCGCUCCAGCGCAGCACAUGAUGCACCUUCAGCCUCCGGCCCAGAUGCAGCAGUUCUACGGCGUGUCGGUCAAGCAAGAGCACGUGGCCUCCAGCUGCCCGCUGUCUUCCAAGCAGAUGAAAGGCGGCUGCGUGGGUCACUGCGAGCUGCAGGCUGCGCCGCACUGCCUCGAGCUGCCGCCGUCCGCGAGCCCCGCCGGCCUGUCCGCCUUCCUCAGCCCUCAGUGUUCUCCUCAAGACUCGCCCGUCACCAAACCCUCCGGCAGCCCUCAGCCCUCGUCGCCCGUCCAGCCGUACCUGCUGAGAGACGGCUGCGCACACAGACCCGCACGCAACAUGCAGUUACAGCAGAAGAGCGUGGGACAGUCGGUCAGCUGCUCGUAUCCGUCUGACCAGAGGAGCCUGCAGCCGCUCUACACCAGUCCAUCAGAGAACAGCCUGAACCCCAGAGGAUCGGCCAAGACCAAGAGCGCCAGCAUGCAGCAGAAAGAGGCUCUAUCUCACUCUCUCCGGCACCUCGAGCCCAAGUCUCCCACAUCCAGCACUGUCUUCUGUAGUUCAGAUUCUCCUGCAUCCGUCAGUAAACGGCCCCCGUGUUAUGAGGAUGCUGUGAAACAGCAGAUGGUGCGCAGCCAGCAGAUGGAUGAGCUUCUGGACGUCCUCAUCGAGAGCGGAGAAAUGCCAGCUAACGCCAAAGAAGAGAGGCUUCCUGUAACCAAAGUUGUGCCUCACCUUACAGUUUCGCCGAAGUUCCACAGACACUACAGUCACAUGUCGCCCUCGCUGCUUCCCUACGAGCACGGAGACGGUCAUCUGGAGGCGCUGCUGAGCCGGACGCAAGCGGACGCGGCGCUCCUGAAGAUGAGCGGUGAGGACGGACGCUCGGACGAGGCAACCGAAGGCUUCAACGACAAACUGAUGAUGGACACGCCCGUAUCGCCCACGGCCGGAAAGAUCGCAGCGGUCGCCGCCGAGAGCCAAGGACUCGGAAUGACGUUCACAGAGUCGCCAUGGGAAACCAUGGAGUGGUUGGAUCUGACUCCGCCCAGCUCCGCCACGGCCUUCCAUAACGGCCUGCCUCCCACCGGACCGAGCAUCUUCAACACGGAGUUCCUCGACGUCACCGACAUCAGCUUGAACUCUGCCAUGGAUCUGCACUUGGAUCACUGGUGAGGAGGAACGGAUGGAAGCUUGUUUCCACCACGGAGUAAACAAAUGAAAAAAGUAAUUGCGACUUUUUAUCUCAAAAUUCUGACUUCUUCUUGCAAUUCUAAGAAAAAAAGUCAGGAUUGAUAGAUGUGAACUCGUGAUUGUGACAUGGACUUGCAAUUCUGAGGAGAAAAAUCAGAAGAUAUAAAAAGAUGCAAUUACCUUUUUUAGUUUGUUAUUUCGUGUCAGAAAAUAAAACAAGAAUCGCAAGAUAUUAACUCGGAAUUGCAAUAAAAAAAGUCUGAAUUGCAGGUUUAUAUCCCAAUAUUCUGACUUUUUUUCUCCAAAUUGUGAUAUAAACUCGCAAUUGCAAGUUAUAAAGUCUGAAUUCAGACACUCAAUUCAAAGAAAAAAGUCUGAAUUGUGAGAUAAAAAGUCGCAGUUACCUUUUUUAUUUUGUUAUUCCGUGGCGGAAACAAGCCUCCACAGGAACGGGCCGGUAUCACUUCAGUAAAGAUGAUGUAAGCAGUCAGGAUUCUGGCUGAAAUCAAGAGCAUAGUGUUUUAAUACUGUUUUAUCACGGUCCAUCAAAACUUGAAUUGUUUUGACUAUGGAUUCUGGGGAAGAAUGUUUUGAUUACUGGAAACAGAAAGACGCUCCAAACCCAAUUGGAUUCAAGCAGGGACGUCCGUACCACCCUUUUGUAAAUAUACAAUACUUUGUCUGCACAUUUGUGGUGUGGGAAAAACACGUAUUAAUGCAUCACGCUAGUAUAUCACGUGUACUCUCUCGUGCUAUUGUAAAUAUUAAUUCACACUUUGCACCUUGAGCUUACGGUAGUCACACUUUUGAGAGCUUUCCUGUUCCUUCCCCGUCAUCACCAUGUCAUUAAUUUAUUUAGAAAGCGCAAACAUUUGGUUUUUACACUUUAUGUAAGAGUAUUUUCAGAAAAAAACCCCCAUAAAAUCUCAACUCUUCAUAAUCACUGGAGAAUUUAACUGUAUUUAGCACAAUCAAGCCUUUUAUUCUCUGGUGGUCAAAAGAUCAUUUUUUUUAUUUAAAACAAAACAAAAAAAAGAUGACUUUCAUAUUUUGCGAAUAUCUUUCCCCAAAGUCUGUUUUGCAUGAUUAUUAUAAUUAUUACUGCCACUUCUGUUAUUUUGAACAUUCGUUAGCUCUUUUUUUAGUUGUUUUUAUAAUGUUUCUCUUUUGAUGUAUUUAUUUCAACCUUUUCUUUCCAUUGGCAUAUUUUACAUAUUUAUGAGACAUUCCUUUUUAUUAAAAACAAAACAGAGUAAACACGGUUAAGAGCGAUGAGGACACCCGUCUGAAAAUGUUUACUAUGGUAUCAGGAUCUGUCAUUGAAUCAUCCUCAGUUAUCUGACGAACGACAUCCACCGCAACAACGAGUUUAAUGCUGUCCGAUCCGUUACAUGAUUCUAAAAUGACAAUCAAACAGAAGCAAUACAUUGAGUGAUUCCCGUCUUUACCAGCACUUGUGAAAAAUGAAACCUAAUAUAUAGAUUAUAGAAGUUCAACUGUGAAAAUGUUUCGUUCAUUUUGUCUGUGGCAAAUUUGGGCCUUGACUUGUUUUUUAAUCUUUUGAAAUAAAGUCUUUAGUUACGAGAUUUCACUGAAUAAAUAAUAUUAGCUCACCAAAAGCUCAAACUGUGAAUAGAUUUAUUUUCUUAUUUUCAUGAAACAUGUCAGUGAUGUUUGGUUCAGUUUUCAGUCUCUAAUCAUAUCUCACGCCGCUGAACUUCAUGUACAGGCCGUGUUCAGGAUCUCUUCGUCGAGCCGUGAAGCCUUACAAUACAAAUCAAUCAGACAACCCAAAGAGUUUUAUACAAACACACUUUUGUACUGAGUUUACGUCCACCGUGAAGAAGCAUUAAGGGCAUUACAGACCAACAACAGCUCAGUAGUGUUUUGAUACGAGUGUUAGAGACUCUAUUUUUACACAUUUUAAAUGCAGAUUAUUAUAAAACUGUAAUGAUGUUUAAUGUUGGAAGUCCAGAAAAAUGACUAGACAUUAUCAGGCAUAUUAGGUCAAGAUUAAUUGUGUGUAAAGUUUAAUGUAGAGUUGUGUAAAGAGUGUCACAUACUCUGAAAGAUUUUAUUUUUCUAUGCCCAGAAGUAGCUUUGCAGUCUUGUAUUUUUUUUCCCUCCUUCAGCUUGUUUCGUUCCUCCUGAUCCUGAUGCACAGAUGUUCACUGUUUCUCCUCACCUCCUUGGCAAAGGGAGGUUCUUGUUCUUUUGAUUUCUCCUGGGGAAAGUAUAUAUGUAUGACAAAAAGCUUUUGUAUUGCUUGGCCACGGAACAGCGUUACAAUAUAAACCGUCCCAGUAUUCGUCUACACCGCUGUAUUACUGUAACGAGAGUUCAAUAAACGAUCAUGAAACAAA